AUGUUUCCAGGCGGCCGCCACAACUACCCUUACCGUACCAGCUUGCAAGACCCCAACUACGGUGGUGGCUACUACCCUGACCGCAUGUACUCGCAUACGCCGGGCACUCGGGCUGGCGAGACGCGGUACAACCAAGUUUACGGGACCUCGUCUGGCAAUUGGAGUUAUACUGAUAAUGGGCGUUACGGGCGGUUUGAGCCGUAUCAUCGGGUUGGUCCGCAGAGCAUGCGGCGGCUUAGGCGGGGGUAG